CUCUUCAGUGACAGCAGAAUGUUUACUCAUACAGAUAAGAUGAAUUUUGCGUCAUCUGAAAUUGCGGCAUUUGAAAUAAGCGAACCAAAAAGCCGGAAAAGGUGUUCCAAAAGCUGCACAUGGACCUUUGUUAUAGUGUACCUGAUUAUGCUCACUGCAGGCUUGGGAAUAUUGGCUUAUACAGUCUAUAAGAUGCACAAACGGAUAGAUCAGAUAAAUGAAACCUGCCCCCCUUUACCUGAAAAACUGAUGAGUCACAAUGAAACUGGACAGAUGAAGACUUUUUUGGAAACAAAUUUCCAGAGAGGGGAAGGAAGCUGGAUCAGGAAUUUAAAGGAAGAAAUCCACAUAAUCAAGAUGAGCAACCAACAACUGCAACUGAAAAUUGACAAUGUUACAGAACACUUUGAAGGCAAAGGUAUUCCAGGACCUCCAGGUGCCAAAGGAGAAAGAGGAGUUCCAGGAACAAAAGGUGACCAAGGCAAUAAAGGUGAAAAAGGAGACCAUGGCUUAAACGGAAGCAAAGGGGAUCGAGGGCCAAAGGGUGAUGGACAUCCAGGACCAAAAGGAGACAAUGGAAUUCCAGGAAUGAGAGGACUUCCUGGUGUCCAGGGAGAAAAGGGAACAGCAGGACCAAAGGGAACCAAAGGAGAACGAGGUAUGUCAGGCGAAAAAGUAAAUGCAAGUCAUCUGAUGCUUACUGGACCAAAAGGUGAACCAGGAAUGAAAGGAGAAAUGGGAGAAAAGGGAUCUCAAGGAAUUCAAGGAAAACCUGGUGAAAAGGGAGAUGUGGGGCCACCCGGACUGACUGGUGCUACAGGGCAGAAGGGUGACAGAGGGGAUCAAGGCAACCAGGGGCUUCAAGGACCAAAAGGAAAUCAAGGGGAAACGGGUAACAAAGGAGAUCCUGGCCUCCCAGGAAGAGAAGGGCUGAAGGGGGAUCAAGGAGCUUCGGGGGCCAGAGGUCUUCCUGGAGAAAAAGGAAGUAAAGGAAGCACUGGGGAUCCUGGACAUGAAGGUGGACCAGGAGCAAAAGGAGAAAAAGGAGAAAAAGGUGUUGUGGGGCCUCAAGGAUCCUCUGGGAUACAAGGGCCUAAAGGUGAAAAGGGUGCUCCAGCAAGAAGUCCCAACAUAAGAAUUGCUGAAGGAACUAACCGGGGCCGUGUUGAAAUUCUGUACAAUGGGCAAUGGGGUACAAUCUGUGAUGAUAGUUGGGACCGACGUGAUGGAGAGGUGGUUUGCCGAAUGUUGGGAUACAGUGGAACAGCCACUGCUUUCACUGCAACUGCAGGCACUGGAAAAAUCUGGCUGGAUGAGGUGAACUGCUUAGGAACAGAAUCCUCCAUUAAUUUGUGCACGAAAUCUGACUGGGGUGUACACAACUGCAUUCAUAAUGAAGAUGCUGGUGUAGAGUGUUCCUAA